CCGUCAACAUGUAGUCAUCAAAUAAUAAAACGUCAGCCGUGAGCUCUUCCGAGCUCUCCAUGGAUUAGUCUCAAUCAAUCAAUCGAUCGAGGAUACCACGUAAAAUCGUUUGUCUCGUGUUCUUGUUAUUCCGCGUUAUCAAAUUCUUUAUGGUAUCAGAGCAAAACUCUAUCCCUUGUCUAGGGGUUUGAGCUUCCGCAGUCAAGGUGAAGUCCAGCCCGUCGUCAGUCAAUUUCAAAAGCUACCUUCACAGUAGCCAUGGCCAGUAAUCAACUAAAUGUUGACGUCUCUCCAACAUCAUCCCGGCAUCCCCUCGAUAGUCACGGUUGCCGUUGAAAGAAGAGUCGAUAUCUACUCCGGCCCACUACUCUGGAUCCGUAUCAUAGUCGACGUCCGUCAUCAUCGGUUGUGCUCUUGUUAUCAAUCGCCGAACAACGAGGAUGCUAAGAGGAACGGCUGCGAGAAGAUUUUGUUUUCGAUCCAAGUCAGCAUCAACAAUGCUGCUAAGUUUUGACCUGCUUCCUCAAGUCCUAAGAAGAGUCAAGCUUGAAACUGGAGGGAAGAUUCCCUCGCACAUAAGGUUUUCAAACCCUCGUCUAGUCAACGGCCACGCUAGGCCAUAUACAAGGUCAAAGUUUCUGCACGAUCAUCAGAUCCCCUCGCAAUGAUCGUCAUCAUCAUCUCUGCAUCAUUCUGCACGAGUUCUGUCCUUUGGCGUUUGUUCCGAAACUCCGUCCCUAGUCCAGUGAUCGAUACGUUUCUCACGUCUCGGAGAUUCCUUUCCAUCAUCGCGGCAUCAGAGCCCUAGCUCAUCCGCUUGAUGCUCCUGUUCGGUUGCUCAGCCCAGUACCAAAGUCAAUCGACCGCGGGCUCUACAUCACAGGCCCAAGCAGCGUGGUAGUCGUCUUUUGGAUAUAUGAACUCUCAGUGGGAAAAUUGGAUAGCUAAUAUUCUUGCUCCUAGUACAUUUCACAGAAGGCCGAGACAAACUUUGCAACAUGCAUAUCAGUUUGUGUUAUAAUCAAGGUUCACCAAACUUGUUGAGAAAAUGCAUUCAGCAGCAUGUCCACAAGUUGUCUUCUAUAACCGACGUUUCUGUCCAUUUUCCAAGUCCCAAGUUUCGUAAGGAAUCAUCAUUCAAAGCGAAUCUUCACCUAUAUUAACACAGGUCAUGGCGUUGAAGAAAUCAUAACCUGCAAUGAUCGUCUCUUCAAUAGCUAGUGUUAGGAAAAUAGAAAAGAGCUUUCGUCAACAAAGUUUGUCAAGCGAGGUAGUCACGAUCUAAGGAGAGAUCGUCGCCUCAGCGUUCAGAAGCAGGUAAUUUUACGUCUUCACCAUUUUAACUUUCAAGCUGGGGAUUCAUGUUGUUCAUGCUCCAGCUUGAGGGGGAGAAUAGGGCAUCAUCAUACAUGGUCAAUCAGUUCAGCAUAUCGACCAUGGUGUAUAAGUCAAGGAGGUUCCCCAGUCUCGUUCAAGAGAGACGAUAGUCAGAAGUCUCUCAAUCGCUCUAAUUCAAGAGAGGCGCAAUCAACAGCCUCUCGAUCAAUCUCAUCCAGGUAGAGGCGCAGUCAACCGUCCCCACCAUAUCAUAUGGAUAGACGUAGUCAGUCGUCUCCGUCAAGUCAUUCAAGGGACGCAGUCGACCGUCUCCGUCAGGUCGUUCAAGAGACGCAAUCAACCAUCUCCGCCACGACGUUCAAAAAGAUGCAGUCAACCGUCUUAAUCAGGUUGUUCAAGGGAGAGAGUCAGUCAUCUCCAAAUCAACCUCGUCCGAAGUGUUAUUCGUCACAUUUCAUUUUUCAAGCUCGACAUUCUUGUCAUUCAUGUCUUCGCUUGAGGGGCAGUGUUGAGGAUAUUAAUUAUUUAUUCAAAAAUAAUUAAUUCCUUGUCCUACAAGUCCCUUGUUUCCUUGUCCUUGUCAAAGAAGGAAACUUGGUUUUCAUUAGGGUUUUAACCAUAUGUACAUCUCUAUAUAAAGGUUAGCUACGGUCCUGUCGUAAGCAAGCCGUCAACAUGUAGUCAUCAAAUAAUAAAACAUCAGCCGUGAG